CCCAAAAUUGUUUUUCACAUGUUCAUUGUGUUGGAGAACACCUUCUUCACACAGAUGACAGAUACCACAUGAAAUAAAUGUGAGGAGUGAGAGUGGAUUAAAAUUCAAGUAGAUUGAUCAAAACCAUUGACUUGUGGGUUCUGGGUAAAGUGACAUUCCAUUACUUGUUAAUAUUUAUAGUAGUUUUUAAGGGUUUUUUGGCAAUAAUUGAACACCAUCCUGCAUCCACCCUCAUGGGAGAUUCCAAUAAAAUAUCCCACAAAUAGGUCCCCUACUCCCACCCUCCUCCACAAACCACUACAAUUAGUGAACGGAGCAGAGACCAGAGAUGCCAUCUAAUCCUCUUUAGCAGAAAUUAUUUCUUUCUUUCUUUCUGCAUUUCCUACUUCCUUCCAAAAUAGUGACAUAUGAAGCAGCAGCAAGGAAGCAUGGAGGAAGGGCUGUUACUUUUGGAUUCCAAUAAUGCUGAUGACUGCAGCAGCACAAAGAAGCCCUCACGUGGAGCUACUGCCAUCGUUGUUCUUAGCACCUUUGUGGCCGUUUGCGGCCCCUUAUGCCAUGGAUGUGCUAUGGGUUUCUCAUCUCCUGCUGAAUCUGGGAUCAUGGAAGACUUGGGACUCUCUUUGGCAGAAUAUUCUUUUUUUGGUUCAACCAUGACGAUCGGAGGAAUGAUAGGUGCAUUGUUCUCCGGGAGAGUAGCAUCAAUCAUUGGUCGAAAAGGGGCAAUGUGGCUCUCUGAACUAUUCUUAAUCAUUGGCUGGCUUGCGAUAAUUUUUGCAAAGGUUGCUUGGGUUCUAGACAUGGGAAGACUGCUAAUUGGACUUGGUGUUGGGCUUAUCACAUAUGUGGUACCAGUGUACAUUGCAGAAAUAACACCGAAAGAUCUCCGGGGAGCAUUUUCCUCAUCUAAUCAGCUGAUGGUAAAUUUGGGAUUUGCGAUUGUAUAUUUCAUCGGAAAUGACAUUCAUUGGCGCACCUUGGCUUUAAUUGGCGCUAUUCCAUGUGUAAUACAACUUAUUGGUUUAUUCUUCAUUCCAGAGUCUCCUAGAUGGCAGGCAAUAUGUGAUCGAGAAAAAGAGUUUGAAGAUACUUUGCAGCGUCUAAGGGGCAAGAAUGUUGAUAUAUCUGAAGAAGCAGACGAUAGUAUUACAAAAGCCUUGCAGCAGCAGUCCAAAACUACAAUCUAUGCUUUGUUUCAGAAGAGAUAUGCUUAUGCACUUACCAUUGGAGUAGGCCUAGUAUUAUCCUCACAGCUUGGAGGGUGUGCAGCUUUGUCAUAUUACGGUAGCAGUAUAUUUAAGGAAACUGGUUUUUCAACCAGUAUUGGAACUUCUACAGUAGCAGUUGUAUUGGUCGUAUCGGGUGUUGUGGGCUUACUCUUAAUGGAUGUUUUGGGAAGACGGCCACUCCUUCUGAUUUCUUCAGCUGGAACGUGCAUGUGUUCCUUUCUUGUAGGAUUGUCAUUCUGCUUGCAGGGUAUCGGCCAACUGAAGGAUAUCACUCCGACAAUGGCAUAUAUCGGCAUAUCGGGAUAUUUCGCGGCGUACACCAUAGGCAUUGCAGGAAUUCCAUGGAUUAUUAUGUCUGAGAUCUUCCCAAUGAAUGUCAAGGGUUCAGCUGGGAGUCUGUUAGCUUUAAUCAACUGGUCCUCUUCCUGGCUUGUUACAUAUACUUUCAAUUUCAUGAUGCAAUGGAGCCCUACAGGAACAUUUUUCAUUUUCGCCGGUGUAUGUGGUUUAACCUUUGUGUUCAGUUGGAAGCUGGUACCUGAAACUAAGGGGCGAACACUGGAAGAUAUACAAGCUUCAAUUACUCAUGUCUGGCAAUAACAACAACUACAAGGGGCGUUGAUUCAAAAUUGAUGGUCUUUUUCAUUCUAUUCAUGUUUUGGAAAUUUUAAUUCUCUCACUAUGCCAGCAGAGAAUGAUGCUAUGCAUAUCAUCAAUAAAGUAGAAUAUAUUAUUGUAAAUGAAAUUUUCAGGUAAGUUAUUGAAUA